AUGGCAGUUCUUGAAUUUGAGUUAAGGAAGGCACAUGAAACUAUCAAAGGUCUUCGAGCAACUCUUACAAAAGCUGCAGAGACGGAACUUGCUUCACCUGAACAAGGCCAGGAGGGACUAAUUCCUGAUGGCAAAGAGGAAAUCAUUAAGCCUUUGGAGAAAAAGGCCCUCAACUUUCUUGUCAAUGAGUAUUUAUUGCUCAGUAAUUACAAACUGACAUCUGUCACCUUUUCUGAAGAAAAUGGAGACCAAGAUUUUGAAGACUGGGAUGAUGUUGGCUUGAAUAUUCCAAAGCCGCCAAGUCUUUUGCAUCUUUUCAGGGAUUAUGGUAACCAUGUUUUCCCUUCAAUGGAUACCUGUGAUGUUGGUUGUAUGGUCAAUCUGGAAAAUGAACAUCUGAUUGAUUUACAAACCAAAUGGAAACGAAAGAGGGAUCUCUUAGAGAGCAGGAUAUUUGAAUUGGAAAAUGACAUCAUUGAAAUAAAUAAACAGAAAGAUGAACUGAUGGCACAGCUCAAUGAUUGGAGACAGAAUGUAUCUUCUGAAAAUAACAACAACACUACAAACAAUGAAGCUAAUCAACAAGUUUACCAGCAAGUUGCAGCUGAAAGUCUUUCAAAGAAUUGUGCUGAAGUUGAAAAUACAGUGAAUAGUGCAUUAGAAGGCAUAAAUGAAGCAUCUGAACAACGAAUAGCAUUUAAUGACAAUCAGGAACAAAGAAAUAUUCCAGCCUCUUUCUGGAAUGCCUUGAUUGAUACAACUUUAAGUUUAACAAAAGACCACAGAAUAGUGUUAGAGGUUUCUAAAAUCUCUGACUCCAAGCCUGAAAACAUUGUUUUGAUGUUGGCACGAUGUCUACCGCAUAUUGUUCCCCAUGUGCUACUAGCAAGGAGAGAGGAGUUAAUCCCACUGAUUUUGUGCACAACGAUGCUUCAUCCAGAUGUCAAGGAGCGGGAUAAACUUCUGAACAUCCUUUUUAAUCUCAUCAAGAAACCUGAUGAUGAACAAAGACAAAUGAUAUUACGAGGUUGUGUUGCAUUUGCCAAACAUGUUGGUCCCACAAGGUUAGAAAGUGAACUCUUGCCUCAGUGCUGGGAACAGAUUAGUCACAAAUAUCCAGAGCGGCGCCUUCUCGUAGCAGAAGCCUGUGGUGCUUUAGCUUCUUAUCUUCCUAAUGAAAUUCGCAGUUCUCUUGUGUUGUCCAUGUUGCAGCAGAUGCUGAAUGAGGAUAAAGAAGAUGCUGUACGAGAGGCUGUAGUAAAGAGUUUAGGAAUCCUCUUCAGUUUUAUUUGUGAUAGUGACAAAUAUUCUCAGGGUUAUGAAUUGCUUAAGACCUCAUUGAAUGACUCUGCAGAGAAAGUGUGUACAUCAGCACGCCAAGUGUUCCUGCCCUCAUUUGCCUUGUGGGCUGUGGAGCUACACAGGCUGGAGCAUAAUCUUCUACAUUCCAUCUUGGGAGACCUUGAGGACCUAGUUAAGAGUGCACUGGCCGUUCAGAAAUCCAACAGCAGCAUUUCCUUGCCUAUCCACGAGGGAAAGUUUGCAAUGAUGGUGUCUGCUCUGCAAGAAUUGGUUCCAUUUCUCUUUGUCUCCGUUGUAACAAGUGGACCUUAUCGGGAUAAAAUGUAUAACAACAACAGUGUGGAUAUUCCAGAAAUAGAUGUUUCAAGAUUUCCAAAACCGAGUUCCGAUCUCACUGAUUUGAGAGUCAUUGUUGGCAAUGUGAAGACUCUGUCAGCUUGGGUCCAUCAAUAUGAAGAGCAUAUCUCUCAAGAAUGGUUUGAACCUUGGGAGCAGUUUAAUUGGGUUGUAAAAAAUCUAAUACCAAGGCUUCAAGAAAUUAUAACUGGUGUUGGAUUGACAGUGCCAGCCAUAACAAGUAUAUUAUCAAAAUACUUUUUCAGAAUAUGUCGAACCUUUGGUAGAACCUUUGUUGAUAAAAUGGUGAAGCCAAAAUUCCGAGAACUCUUAGACAUCCCAGAGGAAGAAUUAGACAAUCAUGUAAUUUCUGGUCAGACUGCUCUGACAACCUGCAUUGUUCCUGUCUAUGCUGCUGGAGUUCUGUGUUCAUUCAAUUCUACAAUUUGA